AUCGCAUUUUCUUGGAUUCAUUAAUAAAUAGAAUGGCUCCUCCUCGCGGUAGAGCUACCAGAGGGCGUGGAAAGCGCACUCGCGGCCCCGUCAGCCGCAGAGAUGCUUUCCAAGCAUCCCGCGUCGACGACAUCCAGUCAGAUGCUUCAUCUGACAGUGAGAAUGAAUCUUUCGACGAGCCUAUGGAGGACACAAUGGGCGACGAGGAGCUCUUGGACCAAGACUCAUCCGAUAGCGAAGAGGAAGCCGAUCAGAAGGGCCAUUCCUACAAUGAGUUGCUGCAGCUGUUGAAUACCAGCAACGACGCCAAUGGACCCGCACGCAAAAAGCGCAAGACCGACCACCGCAAACCUGAAAUCAAAGAGGCAACCCGAGAUGACGUAGAAGAGGACGAGGGAGAGGCUCUACUGGGGGAAGAUGAUCUUGAGCAGCAAGAACCAUCGGACGCAGAGGAUGAAGAUAACCAAGCCAACGAGGAGGCAGAUUUACAAGCGGACAGUGAUGAUGAGGAUGAUAAUGAUCCUUUCGACGCCCACUUCAACACUCCCAAUGAGGAGGAGCUGAGCAAGAAGAUCAAGGCUAUCGGGGACAACAAGUGGAAGAACACCAAGAAGGAACUUGCAGAGGGGCUGAAGUUCGUGCGCUCUAUCCCUGAUACGGGCGACGAUGCCUCCUUACUGCCUACAAUGAAGAGCAUCUCAAGUGUCAAGCUCAAGAGGAAGCUCAAGGCCCCUGCGACGGAAAAUAUCUCCAAGAUCGAGGGCCAUGCUCAACACCUUGCGCCAUACAUCUUUAACUAUCAGGAUGUCCUUUACGGCGCUCGAACGGCAGACAACGCGGCUCAUAUGCGGGAUCUUCUGGCCCUUCAUGCGACAAAUCAUGUCUUGAAGACGCGCGACCGCGUUCUCAAGAACAACGCCCGCUUGGCCAAGGAGCAGGAUACCGACUUGGAUGUUCGGGAUCAGGGCUUCACCCGGCCCAAGGUGCUGUACCUACUGCCCACCAAACAGGCUUGUGUGCGGGCGGUGGACGCCAUCACGCGGUUGUUCCAACCAGAGCAACAGGAGAACAGGAAGCGACUUCUCGACACCUUCUCGGCCGCCGAUGACAAGUCAUGGGAGAACAAGCCGGAUGACUUCCGCGACCUGUUCGGGGGCAACGACGAUGACAUGUUCCGCCUUGGUCUCAAAUUCACGCGGAAGACUGUAAAGUACUUCGCCCAGUUCUACACAUCCGACAUGAUUCUUGCCAGUCCGCUCGGACUGCGCACGAUCAUGGACCAAGCCGAUGCCAAGAAGCGUGACCACGAUUUCCUGUCCUCGAUCGAAGUCGUCAUCAUCGACCACGCGGACGGCCUGCUCAUGCAGAACUGGGAUCACGUCGACUACAUCCUCAAGCACCUGAACCUGCAGCCGCGGGAGGCGCACGGCUGCGACUUCAGCCGCGUGCGAACAUGGUACCUCGACAACCAGGCGCGCCACGUCCGGCAGAUGAUCAUGCUGUCGUCCUUCCUAACGCCGGAGAUGAACUCGGCGUUCUCGACGCAGAUGCAGAACGUCAGCGGCCGGAUCAAGGUCUCGCCCAUCUACUCCGGCGCCAUCGGGGAACUGCCGCUGCCGGUGUCGGUGAAACAGACCUUCUCGCGCUUCGACAGCCUCUCGCCGGCGAAGGAUCCGGACGCGCGGUUCAAGCACUUCACGACGACGGUGCUGACGUCGCUGGUGCGCGACAUCGCAUCGGGCCGAGGCAAGAGCGGCGGCGGCGGCGGCACGCUGAUCUUCAUCCCAUCGUACCUGGACUUCGUGCGGGUGCGCAACUACUUCGCCACCUCGACACAGACGACCAACGUCUCAUUCGGCGCGAUCAGCGAGUACACGGACGUGCGCGAGGGCACGCGCGCGCGCACCCACUUCGUGCAGGGCCGCCACUCCGUGCUGCUGUACACGGAGCGUAUCCAUCACUUCCGGCGGUACCAGCUGCGCGGCGUCAAGCGGGUCAUCAUGUACGGCGUGCCCGAGAAUCCGACCUUCUAUGCCGAGAUCGUGGGCUUCCUGGGCUUGGAUCCCGCCCAGCUGGCCGAGGCCGUCGAGGGCGGCGUGCGCGCCCUGUUCUCCAAGUGGGAUGCCCUGAAGCUGGAGCGCAUCGUCGGCACGAAGCGGGUUGGGAAUAUGUUGCGCGAGAAGGGUGGAGAUACCUUCACCUUCAUGUAG